AUGCCAGGCCGCGGCAAACCAAGAGGACCUAAUGCGCCGAGGUGCAGCGGGCCGCCGAAGGUCCUCCCCGUCGAUGUGCCGGCCAUUUCCAUGGGCGAGCUGAACAACAUCACGGGGAACUUCGGGCCGAAUGCCCUGAUCGGGGAAGGCUCCUACGGCAAAAUCUACCGCGCCGUGCUGACCUCCGGGGAGCCCGUCGCCAUCAAGAAGCUCGAUCCCAGCGUGUCCAGCGACUCCGUGGCAGACUUCUCUGCUCAGCUGUCGAUGGUCUCGAGGCUGAAGAACGAGUACUUCCUGCAGCUGAUGGGCUACUACCUGGACAACAGCCACAGGAUCCUUGUCUACCAGUUCGCCUCACACGGCUCGCUGCACGACACGCUGCACGGUAGUACACUUUUAUCAGGGUUAUUCGCAAAUGCUAUGGCAUGUGAUCUGUACGCGAUGACUGGAGUGUUGACGCACAAGAGCGAUGUGUAUAGCUUUGGAGUGAUACUGCUGGAGCUGCUAACCGGCAGGAAGCCCGUGGACCACACCAUGCCCAAGGGACAGCAGAGUCUGGUGACUUGGGCCACGCCGAGGUUGAGCGAGGACAAGGUCAGCCAAUGCGUGGACCCGAAGCUAGGGGACGACUAUCCUCCAAAAGCCGUAGCAAAGAUGGCGGCCGUGGCGGCGUUGUGUGUGCAAUACGAGUCCCAUUUUCCGGCCGAACAUGACCGCGUGGUGAAGGCGCUGCAGCCUCUUGUGAAGGCCGCCGCAGCCACAGCUGGGGCUUAG